AUGGGAUACACCAGGGCUCUCGUGCGCUUAGGCUCCAGGGCUCGCGUCAACUGCCGGACAGCUUGCUUCGGGGGAAAGAGAACCCUUUACCCUGUGUCUUUAGUCAAGAGGGGACUACUGACCGAGAGCUAUGCUCGAGGCCCAUCCGGUCCUCCCUUGAUCGAGUCUACAGUCGGAGAACACUUCGCCAGGGUUGUGGCAGAAUGCGGGGAUAAAACAGCUGUCAUUUCAAAGCAUCAGAAUGACCGCGCUACCUAUGCUUCUCUGGACACCAGGAGCAAUGCGCUUGCUCGAGGGCUAGAGUCAGUGGGCGUGCGCAAGGGAGAGCGGGUUGGAGUCAUGCUUGGCAACUCGAUGGAAUACGCGGUGGCAACAUACGCAUUAUUCAAACUCGGUGCCAUUUUGGUCCCCCUCAAUCCGUCAUUCAAUGCCACACAAGUAAUCGCCGCACUGGGUCAUCUCGAAUCGAGUCACCUUAUUAUAAGCACAGAGUCAAAUCUUCCGCGAAAAGAACCUCGAAGCAACAUUCCCUUGCUCCAGGAACUCAUUACGGAUCUUUCCAACUCGAAGUUAGAAUCUGCUUUGGUCCCCUCAUUGAAGCAGGUCAUUCUUGUUGAUAAUUCCGAAGGCCGCGUGGAUAUAUCUUCUUACAAAAGCAUAACGCCGUACACAUCCAUUAUGUCCCAGAUCGCAGCAGAUGGUCGCCCAAUUCCUCCUCAAGGUCUUUCACCAUAUGAUAUCGUGAAUAUCCAGUUUACAUCAGGGACAACAGCGAUGCCAAAGGCAGCUUGCCUCAGCCACCACUCUAUUUUGAACAACGGCUCUCAGAUUGGUGACCGCAUGCUUCUCACCCCAAAUGACAUUGUGUGCUGCCCACCACCACUGUUCCAUUGCUUCGGAUGUAUAUUGGGAUACAUGGCUACAGCAACACACGGCUCAGCCAUCGUUUUCCCAAGUGAAUCCUUCAAUGCACGUGCUGCAUUGAACGCAGUUCAAGAAGAAAAAUGCACAGCCUUGUACGGGGUACCAACGAUGUUCCUCGAAGAGCUUAGUCUGAUUGAGAAAGGAGAGGUCUCUCAAGAGGGAUUCCAGCAUCUUCGGACCGGUAUCGCUGCUGGAAGUAGCAUCCCUGCUGAAUUAAUGAAGAAGCUACACAGAGUGCUGAACCUCACCGAGUUGACAAUUUGCUAUGGAAUGACCGAGACCAGCCCCGUGUCGGCCAUGACGACCACAGAUGAUCCUAUUGACAAGCGAAUCACCUCUGUGGGAAAACUCAUGCCGCAUGUUGAGGCCAAGAUCGUGAAUCCUGGAGAUCACCUAAGUACCCAGCCUAUCGAGACUCGGGGCGAGUUGGUUGUUAGCGGUUACUUGCUCAUGAAGGAGUAUUGGGGCGAUCCAGAGAAAACAGUAGAGGUCAUGGUUCCGGACGAGGCUGGGAAAGUAUGGAUGCAUACCGGCGACGAAGCUUCCAUGUCGGCAGAUGGAUAUAUCACCAUCACUGGCCGGAUAAAAGAUCUUAUCAUCCGUGGUGGCGAGAACAUACACCCUCUAGAGAUCGAAAACUGUUUGCUUGCCAACUCCGAUGUGGCCGAUGUAUCGGUUGUUGGUGUUCCCGAUGCGCGAUAUGGUGAGGCUGUGGCUGCCUUUGUGAUUGCUCGUGAUCAUAGCAUCAACAAAAUUGGGGUCGAGGAUAUACAGCAAUGGGUGCGUGAUAAGCUCAGUAAUCAUCUCGUUCCGAAGUAUGUCUUCUUCUUGGGUCCUUUAGAGCCUUUCCCUAAGACGGCAAGUGGUAAGAUCCAGAAAUUCAAGCUCAGGCAGAAGGCUCUUGAGCUUCUGGCCUACAAGGCGGCAAAUGCAUAG